GAGAGGGGCAGCCUCAUGACCUUUCUGCUGCUCAUCACUCUUCUUCUCCUGACUGGUGUGGUCUGUGCUUUCAUUACCAACCAAAGGACCCAUGACGAGGUGGGACCGGGUGUCCGGGCAGUGCCUUCGGUGCUGCACUCUCUACAAGGUCUGGUCUCGGACAUUCCCCAGGAGCUGCAGGCAGUGGCUGAGCAGUUCUUCAUCCCCCAGAAUCUGGUUUUAGAGGAACUGGAUGCUUUUGGUGUAAACAUUGGGAGCACCAUCCAUACCCAGCUCAGGGGGACAGUGUAUCCCAUGCUAGCCUCCCUGAAGAGACUGGGCCAAGACUUGCAAGUUUCUUUGGACCACCUUCGGCAACUCAACUCCAGCACAGUUUACCUACAGGAUGGGCAAGAGCCUCUGGAUUACUCUUUGCGGGACCACAGGCACAACCUUCUCUCCCUGCUUCAGGAUGCCCGGUGCCAAGGCUGUGCCAGUGCCCUGAGUCAGGCCCAGCUCUUGGAGCUGGGCGCCAAUUUCAGCCAAGUGGGUGACUGGGUGUAUUAUAGUAGUGUGGCAGGGACCUCAUCAUGAGGGGAUGGGGAAAGAAAUGGGAAUAGAAUAAGGGGAGCUCAGGACUCAUGGCUCCUAUGAUUGAGGCAGGUCAGUGAUUAGAACCAGAAAGAGAGUUGAGGAGGGAGAGACUUAACUUUGCUCUUGGUCUUCUAGUUUCCCCAUUGCCCUGUAACAUAAAAAAAAAAAAAAAAGACAUUUUAGAGACAGCUGGGUGGUGUAGUGGAUAGGGAUCUGGACCUGGUGUUGGGAAGACCUGAGUUUAAAUUUGGCCUUAGACAUUUACUAGAUGUGUGACCCUGCAUAAGACACUUAUCCUUUGUCUGCCUUGUUUCCUCAUCUGUAAAAUGGAGAUAUAAUGGCAGCUACCUCCCCAAAGUGAGAAGACAUUUGUAAAGGUCUCUGUACAGUGCCUGGCACAUAGUAGGUACUUAUUAAGUCCUUAUUCCCUUCCUCCCUAAAGAAAUUCUAGAUGAGAAUUGGAUGCAAG